CUCGCCGCUCUCUUUCCUGCUGCCGCUGCCAGGAAGUUGGAGACGGGGUAGUCACUCUCCGCGCUGCUCCGGCCGGCGCUGGGUAGGGCUGGGGCGGCUUCCUCUGGACGUAGGGGACCCUGCCACGGGGAUGUAGCGGGCCGCGGAGCCAUGCGCGGCCCGGCGCUGCCCCGCUCCUCGCUGGGGACGGUUAUUCUAAUAUUUGUCUCUGUGUUGACAAAGGAAUCUGUAGAAAUUACUCCAGUGCCAUAUAGAGUGCAAGUCCGUCGGGUAACUUUGGAUGGAAGAAACCCCUCUAACCCUUUGAGGAGAGAAAAGAAACAGAUGCCCUGUCAACUGGGACAAUACUUACACCCCAGAAAGACCCACUGCUGCAUGAGGUGCCAUGCAGGUACCUACAAGGCAAAAGACUGUGAUGGGCCUGACCAGGCAACUGUCUGUCUUCCGUGUGCCAAUGGCACAUUCACAGCUGUUGAUAACACCAUGUCUAAAUGCUUCCAGUGCAAACGCUGCCGUACCGCACUCCAGCAGAUAGUAGAGACCCCCUGCACCCCAAAGCAAGAUACUGUAUGUGGCUGUCAGAAGAAUCAGUAUCAGAUUGAUUCUGAGUCUGAAUACUUCCAGUGUAGGAACUGCAGCUUGUGUGCCGAUGGGAUUAUUGCCAGCUGUUCAAAGAACAAAGAUGCAAUUUGCAGGUGUAAGCCUCAAUACUUUCUGUCACGUAGUAAUAUUUGCAAACCUUGCAACAGCUGCACUGGAGAAGACUGCUUGCUGUGUCCCAGCCCAGUUGCUACCUCACCAACUUCAUCUGGGCUGAAUGGAAACCUUGUACUUGGCACCCUUGUUGCAGUAUUUGGAGUUAUCUUUGUCCUCUGCAUUGCACGUAAAGUAGGGAAGCUGGUCCAGCCUUUCUACUCCCGUGUUUCUUUGCCACAGACAAUCAAGGAGCCGGUAUCAGAGGUUGAGGAAAAAAGAAAUGAAAUUUCCACCCUUUGUCCUGAGUCCCAGAAGGAAACACGAUUGCCAUUAAAUGCAGACCAAUCAUCUGCACCUCUGCCACAGAGUUCACAUGAGCUACCAGACUGUGUCAGACCUGCCAGGGAGACACAACUUCCAGACAACCCUGCUAUUCUGUACACUGUGGUGGAUCACGUGCCACCAUCGCGGUGGAAGGAGUUUGUGCGGCGCCUGGGCCUGAGUGACCAUGACCUGGAGCGGAUUGAGCUGGAGCACCGGCGCCUGCGAGACGCCCAGUACGAAAUGCUCCGACUGUGGAAACUGCAGAUGGGCCAUGAUGCCACUGUGGAGCACAUCAGCCGUGUUCUCAACCAGAUGGAGCUCAGUGGCUGCAGUGAUGCUGUUCAAGAAGCUUUGCUAAACCAGAACUCUCCUCAACCUCGCAGCCUCCACAACCACCUUUAAUCUAUUUCUGCUUUAGCUGCCUUUGACUAUUAAGAGGGGAUCAUAACUCUCUUUUUUUCCUCCUAUCUCCCCAUCUUUGUAACACUUGUCAGCUGGUUUUGUUGGAGACAGCAGCAGGUUAUGCUGGAGGAAAGGCUGAGGUUUGCUUCUUAGCCACCACGUAGUUCAGCCUUUAAGCCAUGGCAGACCUCUGCAACACCUCCUCUCCCAAGGAGGGGAAGCACCUCAUCAAGGAAGUUGUGUGUCAACUCUGACCAAGAUGCAAAUAGGAGCUCUGAGUGACUUGAUCAUAGAUCAGCUUCUAUGGCCAAGUUGUUGCUGAAACAGGUGCUCCACACAUCAUGCGGUGGGGCAAACUUGUAGGGUGCUUUGGUUAAGCUGACUGUUAAAGUACUCAUUCACUUCUUGCAGAUCUAUUUUUCUGUGAGAUCAACCAGUUGAAAUGGCUCAUAUUGCAGCCUUUUGAUUGCUCAAUCUGACUCAGAGGAAGUGGUGGGAGGAUGUGCCUAUUUCUGGGAGCAGGAGAGGAUUGCCCCCUCUCGGUGUCAACCAGUAUCAACUAGUAGCAAAAGACUCCUGGAGAUUCAGAACUGGUUCUCUCUCUGAGAGAAACAGGAGGACAUUAUCCUUUCCACACCAUGUCCCUCAGGAUCCAGAGGAGUAAGAAUUCCAAGCCUAUGAGUCAGAUGAGAGGUUGGUGCUUUUUUCCAAAAGUUUUUUUUCUGUAUCUAGAAAUCAUGUAAGUUAGCAUUAACAAAAUACCCGCCUGUGUGUUUGUCCAAGUGCAGGGUGGCAAGGAGUGUGGGCAUCUGCCUGGUUGAGGUGGUACCUAUGCAUGAGCACAGGUAGCAUGAGCACCUCUGCAAAUCUGUGCUUGCACACAGGCUGGUAGGUUUGUGUCUACCUGCUUAUCUACAUAUGGAUGAUUCCAUGAAUCUAACUGCAAAUGGGACUGUGUACGUGUCUGUAUAGAUAUUUUAGCAACUGUUGAGUAACUGCACACUACUUCCUGGACUGUGUUCUGUGAUUGCUGCUUGGCUGUGGGAGCCAUUCGGUACCAUCUCCAGGCUCUCCCCGUCACUUCUCACCAGAAUUACCCUGGGAGAACCAGAUGUAGAAAAAAUCAACUAGCCUGCACCAGGUGCAGGUUGUCCACAUGUUUGUAACAUGGGUUUUUUCAGUCUCUAAUCCCUUGAUCAGAGAGGAACUUUCUAUUGUAAAUACACUAAAUGUUCUGAAUUAAAAUUAAUAUUUUUACCUCUGUUCUGGUUUUGCUUAUAUCAGCUUCUUUUCUGUGACUGUGGCUGGGGGCAGAGGAAGGGGGAUAACUUAUAGAAGUGUCAAGAGUAGAUGGCUUGGUGGUCUUGUGUAUUUUUUUUUAACCCAAGUUUUAUAUAUUUUGGUAUGCAAAACUUAGUUGGUCUCAUAUCACAAGAAGCUAGCUGCAGGCAGAAAGUAGGAAGGAUUUAAAUGAAAUCCAGUUGAGGUCUUCUCAGAGAUUCAAGAAUAUGAAUGCCAGCAGUUUCAUUUAGAGUGGAUUUUUAAGCAAUAUACAAUGAGUCAUUUGGAUUUGUAUCUGGCUUUUUAAACCAGAAAAUAUCUUUAAAUAAAAGAAUAACAAUAGGUUAUACUUUAAUGUUAAUCUUAAAUGUUUUUGUCUGAGGAACCAGAGCACCAUC